UUGGAAGUGGGACGGGCUUGUCGCCUAGGAGACGUCAGAGCCCCUGAGCUCUCCUGCUGUUGCUCCGGCUGUUCUCUUAAUGCACGGGGCAGCCGCGCAGGAGCUGAUGGGCAGCUGAGAAGCAACGGCGGCCGCUCCGUGAACACCGCGUCCUUAGUCCGGAACAGGGAUAUACAGCACGGGGGUCCUCGGCGGGCGCCUGGCUGGAGCAGGUGGGCGUCCGUUUUACAGUUCGAGUCGCCUUGAAAGAAUCUACUCCUUUAAAUAAAUACAUUAAAAAAAAAAAAAUGGACAUCCCACCCCAAAAGAAAAGGUCUCGCUCUCUUAUGAUGCUGCUACUUGUGAUGUUCUGCUUGAUCAGACAGGUGUUUUCUGAAAUUGGAGACUGCAGGGAGCAAGAAUUUCUAGAUAGCAAUGGGGUUUGUAAACCUUGCAGACAAUGUGGCCCUGGAAACGAGCUGUCUAAGGAAUGCGGCUUUGGAUAUGGAGAGGAUGCACAGUGUUUGCCGUGUAGGCCCAACAGGUUUAAAGACGAUUGGGGUUUUCAAAAAUGUAAACCUUGUCUGGACUGUGCUACGGUAAACCGUUACCAGAAAGCAAACUGCACUCCCACCGGCAACGCCCUGUGCGGAGACUGCUUACCCGGAUUCUAUAGGAAGACUAAACUCGGUGGUUUUCAAGACAUGGAAUGUGUCCCAUGUGGAGACCGACCGCCUCAUUAUGAACCUCACUGUAAUAUAAACUUUGAGAGGACCCCAAUCGUCGACAAGAUCACCACAACAGCAUCGAGCCCCCGGGACACGGCCCUGGCUGCGGUGAUAUGUAGUGCUUUGGCCACGGUCCUCCUAGCCCUGCUGAUCCUGUCUGUCAUUUAUUGUAAAAGACAAUUUGUGGAAAAGAAGCCAGGCUGGUCAAACAGAUCACAGGAGCUCCAGUACACUGGAUCAGAGCUGUCGUGCUUUGACGGAGCGCAAUUUAAUGAACACAGGCACAGGAUGUGCUGCCGGUGCAAGCAAGAUCAGUCGCAGACGUGCGGCCCUGUACACUUGAUACCAUCCUUGUGUUGUGAAGACAGCGUGGAUCAUGGCUGCAUGUUCCGCUCCCACGGCACUUUAUAUGAGAGGAAUGUAGAUUCUGUAUCAGGAAUGAUUCCAACAUUUCUUGGAUCAACUUCACACCCGGCCUGCGGAGAUCCCGCAGAAACCCGGCCUUUAAUGCAGAGAUCUGGCAGAGAUAGCAGCUCCGUCUGUGAGCCGUAUCUGGGGCCUACGCUAGGAGAUACAGAGACCCAGGAGCCAAGCGUUUUGCACGUGUCGAGCGACCACGAUGUGAGCGGGGAGACCUAUGAGCAACCGUCUCUGAGUUUGGAGUCUUCUACAAACCUGGAAUCAUUACUGCUGGCGGCCGGACAUCCAUCUGACGGGAAGCAGUCAAGGGAACAGGGAGACACCGAAGAUGAUAAACAGGAAGCAGAAUAACUUACACGCUGCAGCUCUGAAAGUCCCCUGCCUUUCUCAUCCUGAACUGUUCCAUACAUGACGCCGGCACGGGUCUGUGUAUAUUCAGGUGACUUGACGAGUUUGGAAUAUCAUCGUCGUCGUCAUCAUCAUCGUCGUCACAUAAAUGGAACAGUCAAGGCAGCAUCUGAGCUUCUAAAAACAGGAGCUCUCCGAACACGUUAUAUUCUGAAUAUAACUGACCUACAGUUACACAUUGAAUGCCAACAUGUGGGUCUCUGGAUGUUUGGUAUAUAA